AUGGACAGCCUACGUUCUUGUGCUGCUUCUUCAAGUUAUCUUAUAUUCAAUUAUUCAGAAAUUGAAAGUUGGCUCGUAAUGACGUCGUUCUAUCCAGCUAAUUCUCCUAUUCAGAUAGAAAUGCAUUCAUCACUCACUCCUGCACCAACCGGCAUCUCUGUCGUAUCAACUUCUAGUCAUGAGGCUGUGAUUUCAUUUAAUGCUUCCGACGAAGCAAUCGCUUAUAUUGUCAUUCCAAUGACUAGCGCGGUGAUUGCAAGCAACAGAUACAUACGGGUAUCAUCUGGCCCUCAGAAUCUGACAGUUAUUGGACUUCCACCUUGCAGCACUUUCCUUUUACGCAUCUCAGCUAUUUCCACUGAUGGCUGGUCUAUCAUGGAAACGUCCAUUUUAGUCACAACUAGUAAGUCAGAUCAAGUAGUAUAUUUAUAUAUAUGUAUCACUAUUUCUAUAUAUUCCUUUCUCUCUCUCUCUGUGUGUCUAUAUAUAUAUAUAUAUAGAGAGAGAGAGAGGGGAAGAGAGAGAAUGAUGCGAAGUGCGAUAGGCCUGUAUCGUAUAUCAAGAAUUACAUACUGGGCCUAG